AUGCGGCGCCCAGGGGCGGCGGGGCCCGGCGGUCGCCUCCUCCUCCUCCUCCUCCCGCGGGGGGCUCUGCUGCUGCUCGGUGUCUGCAAUGCCCUUUCCCUGGAAAUUAAAGUCAAUCCUAAAGUCCGAGCUUUUGUGGGUGAGCAGGCGCUGCUGAAAUGCUCCUUCAGAUCCAGCUCCCCCAUCACCGAGAGCCUGCUGGUGGACUGGACCUACCGGCCCCUCGCUGGGGGCCAGAUGGAGACAAUUUUUCACUAUCGCUCCGUCCCACACCCCACAACAGCGGGGAGGUUCAAGGACAGGAUAAUCUGGGUUGGGAACGUUGCUAGCGGCGACGCCUCCAUCGCCAUCCAAAGCCCGGAGCUCAGUGACAACGGGACAUUCAUCUGCAGCGUGAAGAACCCUCCAGAUGUUUAUCACAACAUCCCCCAGACCGUGCUGCUGGUGACAGAGCGGGGCCUGGCCUUCCAGCUGAGCUCAGCAGCUCUGCUCUCCAUCCUGGUGUUCCUCCCUUCUGCCCUCGUGGCCGUCCUGCUGCUGGUGAGGAUGGGGAGGAAAUUCCGGCUGCUGAAGGAGAAAGGAAAAUAUGGCUACAAGAAAUCCUCCAUUGAAGUGUCUGAUGAGCCUGAGCACCCAGACAGGGCUGGCUGCGGGGGGAAGCUCAAGGAGUGGUGCCUGAACUGCGUGGACACGGAUGAGGAAGAUCCCUACUGA